AGAGCGGGCGGCAGGAGGCCGGUGGAUCAAGGUAGCGUUGUGCUGCAGGGUCUUUGCGGGGAGUUUCGGGGAGCGCUUGGACCCAGGCUUCUGGGACGCGUCAGGUCGCCGUGAAGGUGCGUGAGAUCGUGCGUGUGAACGUUUGUUGUCAGCUUUUACCUGAGUCCGACAGCCCUGGGGGGCCCUACACCUGCGUAACAUGCCUGUCUCUGAACUCCUUGGGGGACACGUAUACUUUUGAGAAUCCGAUGAAAGCCAAAGAUUCCUCCCUUAUUUUCUUAGAAUUAAAUAAAUAUAAUAUAUUUUACGGCCUGUUGGAAACGGAAAACCUUUGCAUAAUCAUUAGUGAUCAGUAUCAAUAUCUAUGGAUUGGGAGACCACUUACUUGAUCCUCUUUCCAGGGUCGUUGUGAGAAUCAAGUGCACAGCUUCUCAUAAACACUAAAUACUAUAACAUCUUGUGAUCCAGAAAGAAGAUUGCCUUGGGCCAAGGGGACAGCUUGUACCUCAAGUCCACGCGGAUGCCCCAGAACCCCAGGAUCUCAGCCGACCUGUUUGUGGAUUAUUAGAUCUGAUUUAAAAGAGUAUUAUCCAGCAAUGCAAAUGAACAAACCGUAACUACACACAGCUGCAUGGAUAAAUGUCAGAAACAUGACGUUGAAUGUGAGAAGCCAGAUGCAAAUGAGGACUCCCUGUACAAUUCCAUGCAUGUAAAGUGGCCAGGUGAAGGGAGCACUGGCUUUGCCUUCAUGAGGCCAAAGAUGCCCUUCUUUGGGAAUACAUUCAGUCCAAAGAAGACACCUCCUCGGAAGUCUGCAUCUCUCUCCAACUUGCAUUCUUUGGACCGGUCAACCCGGGAGGUGGAGCUGGGCUUGGAAUAUGGAUCCCCCACUAUGAACCUGGCAGGGCAGAGCCUGAAGUUUGAAAAUGGCCAGUGGAUAGCAGAGACAGGGGUUAGUGGAGGUGUGGACCGGAGGGAGGUCCAGCGCCUUCGCAGGCGGAACCAGCAGCUGGAGGAAGAAAACAAUCUCUUGCGGCUGAAAGUGGACAUCCUGUUAGACAUGUUUGGCCAGGUACGUUGCUUUGUAUCCCAAGACACACGCGAGAAACAAGACACAGUUCGUGCCCACGGUCUAGAGGUAGGUGGGCCGUAUGAUGACGGCAGUGGUAAGAACCCGGCUGGAGUCUGCACAGCGUCUGCACAGCACACGAGGGAGAAGUCAAUUCUGUCAGGUCAGGAGAGCUUCCCAGAGGAAGGGAUAUCUGAGCUGAAAGUAGAAGGAUAAUGGCAGGAAUGGAGGUUGGGAUGGAAGCAUCCCAGGAAGAGGGGAGGAGCUGGUUCAUAGGCAUUAAUUAAUACCCAGCACAGACCUGCUGAGAGGCUCACACUGUGUUAGCGUUGGUUUCUUGUGGCUAUUAAAAAUCCAGCAACCCAUUGGGCCUAGAGGAGCCUGUGAAGAUUCAGAGACAAGAGAGCACACACGGUGGUGGUGAAGAGCACAUACACUCUGUAGCAAAAUGGCCUGGGCUCCUUGCCCAGCUCUGCUAUUGACUAACUGCUCUGCGAUUUAAUUUCUUCAGCAAUAAAUGGCGUAACAGCUAAUUGUGGGGGUACACUCCUGGAGUCCCAGCUGUUCAGGAAGCUAAGACAGGAGGAUGGCUUAACC